CCGAGUGCCGGGACGAGUGUUUCCGAACCUGCGCAGUAGCAGCAGCCAGAGUGAAGCGCCCGCAGAGCAUAGUGUUUCCGCUGCCGGGCUCAGGGUAGAGCCGGCCUAGUGUUUGCUGCGUCCGGCCUCCUGACUAGCGCUCUCGGCGGAGGCUUCCCCGGCUGCGGCCUGGCCUGUACGUGAGGCAGACGGAGGAAGGGACGGAGGGAGGCCGGGAGCUUCCCCCGGUGCGGGACACAGGGAGAGCCGGAGGUACCGGGUGAGAGAAAGAGAGAGGCCCGCGGGGGAAUCCAGCAUCAUGAUCAAACUCUUCUCCCUAAAGCAGCAGAAGAAGGAGGAGGAAUCUGCGGGCGGCACCAAGGGGAGCAGCAAGAAGGCGUCCGCCGCACAGCUCCGCAUCCAGAAAGAUAUUAAUGAACUGAAUUUGCCGAAGACGUGUGAAAUAGAAUUCUCAGACCACGACGACCUCCUAAAUUUCAAACUAGUCAUCUGCCCCGAUGAGGGUUUUUACAAAGGUGGAAAAUUUGUCUUCAGUUUUAAGGUUGGACAGGGCUACCCUCAUGACCCGCCAAAAGUGAAGUGUGAGACUAUGGUAUAUCAUCCAAACAUAGACCUAGAGGGAAAUGUCUGCCUAAAUAUUCUAAGGGAAGAUUGGAAGCCUGUACUCACAAUAAACUCUAUAAUAUAUGGCCUGCAGUAUCUUUUCUUGGAGCCGAACCCUGAAGACCCUUUAAAUAAAGAAGCAGCCGAAGUUCUUCAGAACAACAGACGCCUGUUUGAACAGAACGUGCAGCGGUCCAUGCGGGGGGGUUACAUAGGAUCCACCUACUUUGAACGCUGCCUGAAAUAGAACUACGCAGCUUUUGAGUGCGAAACCCGCCAUCCAUCUCACCCACCUGUCUCUAUCCCUCCCCAUUCUUCCAUGUUCCCUCUUGUUGCUCAUUUAUCCAAGUGUCGCCCCAUUUACAUUCGGCCCCCGUCCACCACCACAAAAGUUAUAUAUAUCCAAGCUGAGCUCCCGACAUGGAAAGACCUAUGCAAGGUCCAGCGUCUCCCAGUCCUGCUGCUGUCCCUGCGCCUCUGGGAGGAAGCGCCGCGUGCACAUGAAACUUGCGUACUUACCGUGCUGCCACCUGGCUCUGCGAUACUUCACUGCGCUCUUCCUUCUGUAAUGGAGCAGACAUAUAUUAUUUCCUUAGGUUAAUAUAUGGUCCCCAGCCUUUGUUCCCCAGUGUUUCUUGCCAUCAAGAAUAAUUCUGAAUUUGAGUUUGUGACAGGGAGACUUUCCUUAGUUUGACCCACCAUAAGUCAUUUCAUCAGAUUUGGUGGCCUUACUAUUUUUUUUUUUUUUCCGAGCAGAAUUUGUUUUCUGAGUCUUAUUUGCUGAUCUGACUACAUAAUUUUAUUAAAGAAAGAAAAAUUGAUUGAAUUCCUUUAUAGCGUCCAUAUUAACACAGAGGCGCUCUGUUCCAUGUGCUCUUGAUGGGGGUGCACAGUCGCUGAAGCUCUUCUCCAUUGCCUGGGGGAACUGUGUAUGACAAAUCCAUGUGUAGACCCCAACACUGUUUACUUGAGGCCUUUUUUUCUGGGGUCAAAUGGCGUGUACUUCCACAAGCUCAGCUGAGUUGUCUUUGUUUAAUGCGAUAGCGGGGAACAGUGCAAACACGCGACUGUCCUCCUAUCUUCUGUCUUAGUCUACGUAACAGCCCCCAUCUGCCCCACCCCUAUCCUUCCUCUGUGCGGGGAUCAAGGCUUACAGUGCACGUAUUUAUUAAUGAACGGCUUCAGUGGGGAUGAAUAGGUGAGCAGGCAGGAAUAAAAAAGCUCCGUAAAGAACCGGAUCUCGAAACCUGACUGGCAUUUCCACCUUCUAUGUGAGGAAGCUUGCGGUGGUCUGUGGGUGGCGAUGGGUUCCGUUCUCAUCAGGGUUAAAUAAGGACCCUAACAGUUUAAAGAGGUUUUAAGGCCAAUAUCAUGGUGCCCGUCCCCUACCUCCCCCACCUUUUUCGUGACAGCCAUGCCUGCGCCCUGAUCUGUACUUCAGCGUGCCGGGGGAGGGGGGAGCAGAGGGUGCCCUUUUUCACUUGAUGGUCUCAUUCUCAAAAUUUGGUAAUGUUGACAAUUACUGUGCAGUAAUGGGUACCUCAGGUUUUGGGAAUGAGGCUCUUGGAGUCCACUCAUUGAUGUGUAUGGUUUUAAAUAAUAAAACAAAAAGACAAAAAAUAAAUAAAAUAUAAACCUGA